AUGGCGGAACACCUCGCGUCCAUCUUCGGUACGGAGAAGGAUCGCGUGAACUGCCCGUUCUACUUCAAGAUCGGCGCGUGCAGGCACGGGGACCGAUGCUCGCGCCUGCACAACAAACCGACGCUCUCGCAGACGAUCCUCAUGUCCAACAUGUACCAGAGCCCCGAGGCGGCGAUGGCCGCGCAGGCGGCGACGUCCGGCGCGGUCCCCGAGGCGCCGGACGCGCGCAAGAUGCAAGAGCACUUCGAGGACUUCUACGAAGACAUCUUCGAGGAGCUCGCGACGUACGGCGAGAUCGAGGGUCUGAACAUCUGCGAUAACCUCGCGGAUCACCUCGUCGGGAACGUGUACGUGAAAUACCGCGAGGAGGAGUCCGCGCUCGCGGCGCUCAACGCGCUCAGCGGGCGGUUCUACGCCGGGCGGCCGAUCCUGUGCGAAUUCUCCCCGGUCACCGACUUCCGCGAGUCCACGUGCCGGCAGUACGAAGAGAACACGUGCACCAGGGGCGGGUACUGCAACUUCAUGCACCUGAAGCCGAUCUCGAGGAACCUGCGGAAGAUCCUAUUCGGUCGCUACAAGCGCAGGGACGACCGCGACCGCGACCGCGACCGCGACCGCGACCGCGAACGCGACCGCGACAGAGGACGCGGCGACCGACCCCGCGACGACCGGCAUCACCCGUACGGCGGCGGCGACCGCGGCAGAGACGAUCGUCGCGGCGGUGACGAUCGCGGGCGGAGGCGGUCGCGGUCGAGGUCGAGAGACCGACGCGGCGGCGGCGGCGGCGGCGGCGGGCGCGACGACAGGUACAGAGACGACGGAGGUCGCCGCGACGCGCCGGGGCGGAGGGACGACGACAAGGUCAGCGCGAAGGGGAUGACCGACGAGGAGCGACGGGCGAUGUUCGCGAAGUGGAACGACAGCGAGGGCGGCGGCGGCGGCGGCGCGGGCCCGGCGCCCGAGGGCGGAAACUGAAGGGGGACGGGGAGAACGGAACGGCGCGCGGCGACCGGAUGUGGACCCGAUGUGGACCCGUUGAAAUAAAUAAAGAAAACGGAAGAGACGCCGAGCGCGCGCGCGAUCGGUGCGCCGCGUCUGUUCUGCUCUGUUCGACGC